AUGACUUCUCAACAAGAACAACAAGAAGAGUCAAAAACGUUUCCCCUCAAAAUCACGGUAGACAAACAAAGCAACAAAGUUGUUUUUGUGGAAGCAACAAAAGACUUUGUUGAGACUCUUUUCAGCUUCCUAUCUUUGCCACUUGGUACCAUCGUCCGCCUUUUAGCAACCACCGACAAGAAUGAUCGACAACAACUCUCAAAAUCAUCACCAUUCUUUGAAAACAUCAAAAACCUUUACCAAACCGUCCAAAACCUCAACUCGGACGAGGUUUGGAACAACCCCUUAUGUAAGCAAAUGUUGCUGCAUCCGAGGAAUUCAUGUGAAUCACUGUGCAUGAAGUUGUACUUGAAUAUUGAUGAUUCUGAACCAUCAAGUAAGUUUUAUGUGUGUGAUUCUUGUAACAAGUUUACUACUUUUCGAAACCUCGACUGCACCUGUGGAAAACCUCCUAAUAGACAACCUAAGAAUUUGGACUCUGAGGGUCAGGGGAAUCAUGCCUCUAAUGGAUUCUUUGAUACAAAAAGUGAACAAAUGUUUCUAGUGUCUGAUGAUUUGAAGAUUUUGCCAAGUUCCUUGCUGAACUCCAUGCAGAUGUUGCUGAAGUCAGGGAUUUCAGACUCAACUCAACUAGAGGAAGUCACACAAAACAUUGGCAAGAAGGAGAUAUUGAACCUCCUGAAGUAUACCUUAACCUCUCAUGAGCCUCUCACUAAUACAAUUUUGCAAAGUAGCUCAAAGAACAAUGAUGAACCACGUAACCAAUAUGUUAAUGGAAUAGUAACGAGCAAUUAUAAGAGAAAUAAAAUGGAUAUUAAAGUAUUGCAAAGCAGAUCUAAGAAAAAGCUCGUCAGUGCAGAAGCUGAUGGAGAUUUUAUUGACUUCAUUCUUGGCUUCCUUACCAUUCCAUUAGGGUCCAUUUUAAAGAUUUUAAUACCCAACAAUUUUCCUAGAUGUGUUGGUAAUUUGUACAAGAGUGUGAAGAACUUGAAUCCCAUGUCUGAGUUGCUCCAUCCUUGUAUUGCACCACACUAUGGUUGUCCAAACCAACCCCUCAACAUUUUUCCUUUAAAAUUCCCUGAUCAUUAUUAUUAUGGUAUUCAUCACAAUGAUGAUGAUGAUGAUUAUAAUACAAUAGAGGAAGUGAUUUCUAAUUCACAUGUAUCAAUUGUUAAUCGAAGAAGCGUGACUGAACUUGACCCAAGAGAAGGUGCUGUAGGAUUUGUGAAGAGAGCAGCAUUUUAUGUGUUAGGAGAUGAUCUAGAAGUAAAACCACUUGCUGCUAAUUCUUUUCUUUCAUAUCUGAAAGAAUUAAGCCUUCCUCUUGAUGACCUUGAAGUGGCCGUGAUUACCGUUGGUGAAGAAGAGGCUAAGAGCUUCCUUCAAGCAUUAUUCACAUCAAAAUUUACCCUGACUAGUGUACUUAAUUAG